AUGGUUAACGUGAACAUCCUGACCACUGUUGCCCUUGCUGGCCUUGCUGCCGCAAAGACCGUCGAGGUCGUAGUCGCUCAGAAUGGCGACCUCACAUUCACUCCAGACAAGAUCACGGCCGACGUCAACGACAUAGUCCACUUCAAGCUUGCCAAAAGUGGCCACGACAUCUCUUCCGGCCCAUUCAACACGCCUUGCAAGCCAGGUGACAACUCACUCUACUCUGGCAAACUCAACGAGGGCAACGAAUUCUCUGUGAACAUCACCAACACCGACCCAGUCUGGAUCUACUGCUCUGUCGCCAAGCACUGCUCCAAGGGAAUGGUCGCUGUUAUCAACCAACCAUCUAGCGGAAACACCAUUGAAGCCUACAAGCAAGCUGCUGCAGGCGCUGGAAACGGCCAGGCACCACCAAAGGUCAACAACGGAAGUGGUGGAAGCGGUACCCCUACCACUAGCUCUGGAGCUCCUGCAAGCACCUCCAACGCUGCCUCCAGCUUCUCCUUCAACAGUGCUGCUGCCCUAGUAGCCAUGGGCGGUGCCUGGGUCGGUCUUCUUUAA